AUGGAAGAAGAGUCAUUUCCAGAUUUGAAAGAGCUGGAAAAUCAAAUUGGGAGGAAAACUCCGGAGAGCCUGUUGAGGUGGAUGCAGGGGGAUGCUUCGCUCGGUGUGGAGUGGAGUUCCAAUCGUCCUGAGGGGAGAGACAACCGCACCAGCGACAGUCUGACCGACAAGAUCAGAAACUUGAAACUGGAGAUGGGCUGUCUGCGUGCUGCAGACGUGCGGAUCCUGCACCAGCUGGUGACGGUGCAUGAGGCCAUGGAGGCUGUGCGCUGGCUGCUGGAGGAGCGUGGCACCCUUACCAGCAGGGGCAGCAGCCUGACAAGCAGCCAGUGUAGUCUGGCUGAGGGGCCUGGGUCUGGCUUGUCCCCUUGCAGCGAGGGCCUGAGUCUGGCCCUAACUAGCUGGCGGAGUCCUCUAAAUGAUGCCAAUGAAGAACCAGAAGAGUUGAAAGUACCAGAUAGCAUCUCUGGGGACAGCUACUUCCAUAUGCUCACCAAUGCCGUUUCUUCUAAUGACACAGGGUUAACUCUAGAGGGCGUUGUUAGCCCUUCUGAGAGGACAGGAGAAACUGGGACACCGCACUGUGGUCUCCCAGAGGAGAGACAAGGGGCCUCGGACGGUGACAUCGUGGGGGUGGAGGAACAGACCAUUCCCAGUUGUGAGGUUCUGUUGGGGUAUGACACUCAGUGGUGCUGGGUGGAGUCUCAAGACGAUGUGACGUUUCUCUGA